AUGGCAGAGUCUUGGGACCCGAAGACACGGGAGACCGUCAAAAAGAUUCCAUUCUUGACAGAGACUUCAGGGCCACGCGACAAGCAGAAAUGGCAGGACCGCUUGAAACAGGAGUUGCACGCCUUAAUCACGUACAUUAAGAUGAACAAAGAAUCGGACAUGGACUGGUUCACGAUACAACCAAGUGCAGACGGGACACAUUGGAAGGGCAAAUGCUGGUACGUGCACGAGCUCAUCAAGUAUGAAUUCGAUUUCCAGUUCGAUAUCCCAGCCACCUACCCGGAUACGGCGCCAGAAAUCGAAAUUCCGGAGUUGGACGGCAAGACAGCAAAAAUGUAUCGAGGCGGGAAGAUCUGCCUCACCAUCCACUUCAAGCCCCUUUGGUCGAAAAACAGCCCCCACUUUGGCGUUGCCCACGCGCUGUGUCUGGGCUUGGCUCCCUGGCUGGCUGCCGAGGUGCCUUUCAUGGCGGAGUCGGGAGUCAUCAAGCCCAAGGUGUAA